AUGAGCAGAGGGCGCACAGCCGCCCCGCCAACGCCGGCCGCCUUCCAGCGCUCGAGCGGGGCAGCGCCGGCACCCUUUGAGACGCACCGGCUUCAACCAUCAUUGCAGGGGGAGGAUCCCCCUGCCGUCAGCAGCACUUCUAACCCACGCUGGUGGUGGUCUGUAAUCAGCAGCAGCAGCGGCAGGGGUGACAGCGUGCAUGGGCGCGACGGCAGCACCGGCCGCACGACCUCAGCUGCCGUGGCAUGGCCGCACGGCAAGCUCAGGCCCGCUGCCCCAGGCCUCGCUGAGUCGCUGGAGCCCCUGUCUGCCGCAUGUGGCGCUGAUUCCACAGCGCUCACCAGGGCUGUGGCCUGCCUGCCCUCGCACCUGCGGCAAGGGGUGUUGGCUCACGGUGCGGCCGUCGCGGCCUGCCUGCUGGGCCUGGGCUGCGAGCGGCCCCAGCUGGCACGCCUCGUGCGCCGCUGCCUGCUGCUGUUCAGCUGGCCGCCGGAGCAGCGCGCUGGGCCGCUGGUUGAGCAGCUGAUGGCGAUUGGGCUGACGGCCCGUGAGGCGGUGCGAUGCAUGGAAAGCAGCCCCUCCUCCGUCGGCAGCAGUAGCUGGGCGGCCAGCCUCACGGCGCUGGCAGGGCUGCUCGCCGCCGGCAGCGGCCCUGGCGCCCCGCCCUCGCACCAGCUGGCUGCGGAUCUUCUCCGGCAGCAGCCCGGGGCGGGGGCCCUGCUGGCGCUGAGCCCCCGCACGCUGCAGCGGCGUGCUGUCGGGCUUGGAGAGCUGGGCCUGGCGCCGGAGCAGCUGGCUGCGGCCCUACACACCGACCCGCUGCUACUUACAACAGAAACCCAGGAGCUGGCAGAGCUGGCAGAGGUGCUGCAGCAGGAGCUGGGCGGGGGCGGUGACCUGCUUGCCGCCGUGUUGUGCCGCACUCCCUCGCUCGCCGUCGACUGCUGCGUCUAUGAACUGGAGCAGCGUGCCUGGAAGCUGGCCAGCGCUUGUCUGAGGCUCUCGGCGGCCGCCGUCUAUGACCGGCUGCCUGGCAGCAUGACCACCUGCGAAGCAGAGAAGCUGGUGUGCCGGCUGCUCUUUCUGGAGCAGCAGCAGGGGGCUGCUGCUGUGGCGCAGCUGGUGGCAGGCCAUGAGGAGACGCGCUUUGGCGAGCGGGUGGCUGUCGUCGGCUCCUUCACGGGCUGGGACCCAGCCACCCCGCUGCAGCUGGAGUGGAGCGAGGGCAGCGUGUGGCAGGGAGAGGUGGAGCUUCCCGUGGGCGAGCCUCUGGAGUACAAGUACAUCAUCUCCAACGGCGAUGCCGUGACCUGGCAGCCCGGCGGCAACCUGGUGCUGACCCUGAGCGAGGGCAACCAGACCGUGCUGGUGCUGGAUGACUGGCUGGGCCAGAAGCAUGAGGUGAAGCCGCUGGCUGAAGAGGAGGCUGUGCUGGGCGAAGAGCCGGCCGCUGUGGAGGAGGAGGCGGUGCCAGCCCCGGAAGCAGUAGCCGCCGUGGAGGUGGUGGAGGAGGUGGUGGCGGAGGUUGAGGAGGUGAUGACAGUGGCUGAGGAGGUAGUUGUCACACCUGAGCCCGAGCCCGAACCUGAGCCAGUGCCUGAGCCAGUGCCUGAGCCUGUUGCUGCUGAGGUUGAGGCGGCCCUGGUGGCAGAGACUGCGGAGCAGCUGGCAGUUGCUGCCGAGGAGGAGGAGGGCGAGGACGAGGACGAGGUGCUGGCUGCUGAGGAGCCCGUGGCUGCAGCUGCGGCUGUGGAGGAGGAGGUCGAGGAGGUGGUCAAGGAGGCACUGCCUGCCGAGGAGCCAGCAGAGGAGCCUGCCGAGUGUGUGGAGUCGGCCUACGUGGCGCUGGCAGAGGCGCAGUCGGCUGAGCUGGAGGAGGAGGUGGCAGAGGUGGUGGCACAGCUGGAGGUGGCAGUGCCUGCAGACGUGCCAGAGGCCGAGGAUGCCGUGGCCACCGCCAAGGAGCUUCUGGCGGGCGCGGAGGCAGCCCUGGUGGCAGAUGAGCCGUCCCUGGAGGACCUGGCUGCUGCGGUGGAGCUGCUUGGCGGCGCAGAGGCGGCGGCGGCCGCCGCAGAGGAGCUGCUGGCGGCUGCUGAGGAGGAGGCAGCAGAGGAGGUGGCCGAGCCCGAGUCUGCAGCUGUCGAGGCUGUCAGCGCGGAGGAGAUUGCGGUGGCAGAGGAGGAGGCUGAGCCUGUGGCCGCCGAGGCAGCAGUUGCCGAGGAGGAGGCUGUGGCAGUGCCAGAGGAGGAGCCUGAGGUCGAGCUGGCUGUGGCGGCUGAGGUGGUUGAGGAGGAGGCAGCGCCUGAUGCUGCCAUGGAGGCAGCUGCGGUCCAGGCCACGGUGAUCACUGAGCUGAUGAAGAACGGCAAUGGCGCGCUGCCGGUGGCGGCGCUGACGGAGCUGGUGGCCAACGGCGCGCUGCACGCUGAGGAGGAGGAGGAGGCCGUGGCGGUGCUCACUGAGGCAGCCUUGGAGGAGGAGGAGGAGGAGGAGGUGGAGGAGCUGCCGCCGCGCCCCAAGGGUGUCGUGUCGCCAGCGCUGGCUAUUCUCGAGGACAGCCCGGAGGAGGAGGAGGCGGCAGAGCCUGAGCCCACCAACUUUUUCUCUGGCUGGAUGAACUUCUUCACUGGGAAGAAGUGA